UCAUCUGCAGGAAUAACCUUUGGUAAUACUAGCCCAUCUGCUAGCACUGGAUCCAGUACAAACUCUGCGGGAACCAGCAUAAGCUCCACAGCUGUAACCAGCGUGAACUCUGGGACCAGCACAGCUGCCAGCACUAGGUCCAGUGUGAUCUCCGGUGGGAGCAGCACAGCUUCUGACACCGCAGCCACCUGGACCCCUAGUGGGGCCAGCACAACCUCCAACACUGCGUCCAGUGUGACUGCUAGUGGAAGCGGCGCAGUCGACAACAGUGGACCCGGUGUGACCUCCGACACGGCCUCCAGUGCAGUCUCUAGUGGGACUAGCACAAUUGCCAACACAGCACCCACUGGGACCUCGGGUGAGACUGUCACAACCUCCAGCUCUGGACCCAGUGUAACCCCCACUGGCUCUGGCACACCCACGUCAGUCGGAACGUGCACAACUUCCAGCAGGGCCAGCGCGAGUGCGGCCCCUCCAGCAGAGGGGGGGACGCCCGGUGGGUCCCUGAAGCCGUGGGAAAUCUUCCUCAUCACCCUGGCCUCGGUUGUAGUGGCCGUGGGGCUCUUUGCCGGGCUCUUCUUUUGUGUGAGAAAUUUCCUGUCCCUGAGAAACAGCUUUGACAGAGCUCUCUACCGCCCCCAUAGCGCCUACGUUGGCCCAGGCCCUCCGGGAAACCGUAGGCCCAAGGGGCUCUGGGGGAGAGCAGCAGCCUCAGAGGCCAUGGAGAUGAGUGGGCCCCCGAGUGGCCCUUGAAGCUGGAGUGCCAGGUCCUUCGGGCGGGAAGCCAGCAGGGACCAGGGACCCGCGCGGCCUCUCGUUCCUCUCAGCUUUGCGUGGGCCUCUGACAUCCCUGAAAAAGGUGCUUCUUGCCCUCCCACGCUUUCAGUAAAGGAAAAGAGGGUGAUACAUUGGUCAUUUACCUAAGAAAUAAAUACACCCCACAUGUGACAGAGCGCCCGUGUGUACACAUGAGUAGGUGUCAGCAGCUGCUGAGUUGAUUUUCUUAAUUAGGCGAGAACUUCCAUGCUGGAAUCCACUUGGCAUUCAAAGUCUCCACAGUAAAAUCCAGGGACCUUAUGAACAACUGUGUGUCCCUGUUAUCUAGUCCUCUUGCCCCAGGCAGGGCCGCUGUGUCCCCGAGACUCAUGCAAGCUGACAGGAGCGCUGAACUGAGAGGGAUGAGGCGGGAAGGUGGGCAGCAACAUCAGUGCACACGGACUGGAUUGUGUCACGCCACGAACCCGGGGCGGGACGACGUGGCAAAGGUAUAAUCACGUGUGCUGGGGGCGGGGCACGGGAAGGGGCACUCAAAGCCACGGUGCCCAGGCGCGUCCAGGGGCUCCAGGACAGGGCCUUGUCAGGGUGAGGGCGCCGGCUGACCUCAUCUGAGUGCCGGCCUGAGAAGCAGACAGAAAGUGCUUCACGUUUUCCCAAGGGAAAAGCUUUCAACCUGCUAAGAUCCAACCCUGGAGACACCUUCGGGGAAAUGAGAUUCUCGUAAAUCCCCUCCCAGAAAGGCCAAUGUCCCUCUCACAGGCAGAGGGCAGAAGACUCUGGGCCUCCAGGUCUUGGAAGACAGAGGGCCCUGCUCUGGCAGCCAAGUUGCUCUGAAACCGCAGGGGGGGUGGGAGGGCCCCUGCCCAGGGCGGAACCCUCAGAAGAGAACUCGAGUGUCGGUGGGUUCACCCCAAGUCACAGCAGCGGAAACCGCUCCAUGUCCCCUACCACGGGCCAGCGGACCGAACAGGUGAGUGCUGCCUUGAGACCUUGCUGAGCCGCACGCAGGCAGCAGUCUCCAGCAGCGCCGUCUCACUGUAAGCAACCAGCAGCCCGGAGGGGGCCAAAGUGAACUCCCCGAAAGGUGCCUCACCUCCCACUGUAGGAAAUAGGGCAGCAUUGUGUGAAAAACGUGAAAAUAAGUAAGAUCAGGCAGGGGGCUCCAGUCAGACCAUUAAAAAAUGUAAAACGUGAGCCUCCAAGGUUAAAAUUUUAAUGGACAAAUCGAAAAAUGCUCGCCGCUGCUGAGAACAACAUUAGCACCUAAUCUUGGACAGCGAGUGGGAAAAUAGCUCAAUUAACGCAACAAGACGGGGUGAAAAUCACCCAGAAAAUACACGACAAAUGGAACACAGAUCCAGAGGACUAACUUACAAGUAGCAAGGUUUGAAACAUGAGGACAAAAAUAAGAGAUGAAGGAAAAUUAAAACAAUAGAGAGGAAAAGGGCUCACCAAAUACAACUGGAAAUAUACUGAAAACCACUGAUUUAUACACCUCACACAGGUGAGCUGUAUGCAUAUAUUAAUCUCCGUGAACCUGCUAAGCUAUCACGUGAAUAACAGUCGGGUCUCCAAAUAUAACAACAAAUGACUGGAAGGAAGGAAGGGCCCUUUGACAGAGGAGGGUGGCGAGGGAGGAGCCCCAGGCGAGCGACUCUGUGUGCGGCUUGUUCCUGUGACUGUGAUUGACCCUCCCGUGACUCCCAGCACCUGGGGUGCAUGGAGUUUAGAGCAGAUGUCCCCGACUUCACCUACGCCUUCGUCCUGACGGCGCCCCAGCCACCAAGCACGCUGACUGGAGCAAAAGCCCAGGAAACCGCCGGUUGGGGGGGCCGGCCUGUCAGACCUUCGUGCUGUGGGGUUCACAGUGCGCUUCAUGGCUCUGUGACCCACUCUCAGAGGUCCACGGAGGCUUUCUAGGGUUCUAUGCCGCUGUGGGCUGUUUCACAGGCAUCAUUUCCCAGAUCUUCAACUUCUCUGCAUAUUUUUUUUGCUUAAAAGUGAUCGCAGGGGACCUCUGAGGUCAGCCCAUCAAGCCAGCCCUACUUUUACGACUCUGCUUUACAGUCUCCCACUACUUUUAAUGGUGCUGGGUCAGACGGCGGGACCUCUGCGUGCUGUCCAGUGCUCUACCCACUGAGCUAUACACAAGCCCAGGCCUCCGAUAUUUUCUUUCUAAUCCCUGUCUCAUUAAGGACGUCUCUGAGCUACAGAAAAACAUCAGAGUGUCAAGCAGAGAGACAACUCUAAAGCCUCCUCUAACCUAGGCAUCGUACACCCAGAGAAGAGCUUUUUAAAAACUGGCUUUUCAUUAGCACAUAUUAACUGCAGAUUGCGGUGUUUCACUGGGACGUUUAUAUAACAUACUUCAACUGCAUCCACCUAUGACACGCCCUUGCCACACCCGCCUGGCCCACUCCCUCUUUUCUGUGUCCCUUCCACUCUGUGUCCUCUUUCCUCACUGAGAUUCCACAUGUGAGAAAAAAUAGGUGGUGUUCCCACUCUGACUUACUUUGCUAUUUCAUGUAACAUGAUGUAGUGGAUUGAUAACUGGUGGUCAGCUUAUAACCCCCAGCUGAACUGAGUAAGCGUGGUACUGGGUGUGGGAGG